UUAAAUAGUUCCGAUCGACGCUUAUAUUAUAUGGAUUAAGUGUAGCGUUCUAUAGAUUCUGAAAUUGUAAAUCAACUUUUUGUUUGAAUGUUUUAUACAAUUAUUGUAGAAUCGAAUAACUAAGUGUGAUAAAAAUGCUCUCUUUUCGUCAAAUCGUGUGUUUCAUCAUAUCACUGCUUUCGUUCCUUUCGGUGUUUUAUUCUGUUGGUAAACUAGGCGUAUUUUUGGCCACUCCAGUCCAACGAGAUUUUAAACAUGUUCUGAUGGAAAAUUUAAUGAGCGAUCACUCGCUCUUGAAAGCAACGCUUUUCUCGUUGCUAUUCAAUUCAAUUUGGAUUGUUCUGUUUGUAAUACAACAUAGUUUCAUGAAGCUGGAAACAGUUAAAACCAUCUGGCGUAAGUUGGGACUUGAACUGGCCGAACGAAGCAUCUACAACAUAGCAUCCGCGUACUGUUUAUUGAUUUUGCUAAAGAACUGGAAAACGACCCAAUCCUACCAGGUCUGGCAUAUAGAUGUGGACAAAAGCCCUUCACUAUGGUGGACGUUUGUAUCCGCUCACAUUCUAUCGUGGGUGGUUAUCUACGGAGGAAGCCUGCUGAUGGAUUUACCAGAAAUGAUUGGUUUGAAGCAAAUCUACUACGAUAUUAACGACUUGGCUCCUCCCAUGAGCUAUAAAUCACGGGAGCUUCGUAGCUUCUACGAAAGACUUCGGCAUCCUUCCUUCGUAGGUCUAUCCGUUGUAUUGUGGAUCACAAAUAGUAUGAGCUUGGAUCGACUUUUGUUGGCAAUCGUGUGGACGGCGUACAUGUAUCUCUCAUGGAACACCAACCGUACUGAUUUGGAAUACCAGAAAUUCCAAUUAUCACGCAAGAAAGCAGAGUUGGCAGGCGUUGACAAAUAAAGUAAAACAUCAGCAUUUAGAGUUUUCCUAUUUAAUUCAUAUUAAAAGUUUUAUCUAAACACUGCCGUGGAAACAAAACGCUAAUUUAUUUUUUUCAUUUCCUUGUACUUAAAAUAUUCAUUUUCAUGUGCCAGAAUAAAUAAUAUCAUUAAGGCGAAUAAAAAAGUUAAUGAGAA